AUGGCAAGAGACCUGUUAGAUUUCUUCUCUAUGAAAAACUGGAGGUGUUCUUGGUCUCUUGCCGCAACAAUUGCUUCGGUUUUGGCAUUGGUUUCUGUAGUUCAUUUGUUCUUGUUUCCGUUGACGCCUUCUUUUGAUUAUUUUAAGCUAGCUUCAAAUUCCUGCGUUUUGACUAAUGCAUCGGUAGAGUUGAUUAGUAAGCGUGGCUGGGAUGAGCCUGCGAUUGAUUUGAAGCUUCGGUUCCCGGGUGACUUGCACGGUUCGGUUGCUUAUAAGGGUGCGCCGUGGAAGGCUGAGAUUGGUCGGUGGCUUGCAGGUUGUGAUUCUAUUACAAAGGAAAUCAAUGUUUCCGAGAUAAUAGGUGGAAAUGACUGCAAAAAUGACUGCAGUGGCCUGGGAGUUUGUAAUCGAGAGUUGGGACAAUGUCGAUGCUUUCAUGGUUAUGCUGGGGAUGGAUGCACUGACAAACUGGAGUUAGAAUGCAACUUCCCAGGAUCACCAGUGGAGCCAUUUGGCCGAUGGGUUGUAUCCAUUUGCCCAGCCAACUGCGAUAAAACCAGGGCAAUGUGCUUCUGUGGAGAAGGAACAAAAUAUCCAUCUCGGCCAUUGGCAGAGACAUGUGGCUUUCAAUUUAAUCCACCUUCCGAACCUGGUGGUCCCAAAUUAGUGAAUUGGACAAUAGUUGAUCAAGAUGUGUUCACAACUAAUAGUAGUAUACUAGGUUGGUGUAAUGUAGACCCAGUCGGGGCAUAUGCUGGCAAGGUAAAAUUCAAAGAGGAAUGUGAUUGCAAAUAUGAUGGUCUUUGGGGACGAUUCUGUGAAGUGUCCGUUCAAUCUGUUUGCAUUAAUCAGUGCUCUAGACAUGGUCAGUGUCGUGGUGGAUUUUGCCAGUGUGACAAUGGCUGGUACGGAGCAGAUUGCAGCACCCCAUCAGUAAUAUCUUCUAUAAGAGAGUGGCCUAGUUGGCUUCGUCCUGCUCGGGUUGACGUUCCUGACAAUAUUCCUGUCAGUGAAAAAAUAAUCAAUCUUAAUGCUGUGGUGGCAAAGAAAAGGCCUCUUAUAUAUAUUUAUGAUUUGCCCCCGGAGUACAACAGCCUACUAUUGGAGGGACGUCAUUUCAAGUUAGAGUGUGUAAAUAGAAUUUAUGAUGGCAGUAAUGCAACCGUAUGGACAGAGCACCUGUACGGAGCUCAGAUGGCAAUUUAUGAGAGUUUAUUAGCUAGUCCACAUCGAACACUAAAUGGUGAAAAAGCAGAUUUUUUCUUUGUUCCUGUCCUUGAUUCAUGCAUCAUAACUCGUGCUGACGAUGCUCCUCACUUGAGCAUGGAGAGGCAUAAGGGGUUGAGGAGCUCGCUGACUUUAGAAUAUUAUAAGAGUGCAUAUCAUCACAUUGUUGAGCAAUAUCCUUAUUGGAAUCGCUCAUCAGGAAGGGACCACAUCUGGUUUUUUUCAUGGGAUGAAGGUGCUUGUUAUGCCCCUAAGGAAAUAUGGAACAGCAUGAUGUUAGUACAUUGGGGAAACACAAAUACAAAACAUAACCAUUCAACCACAGCCUAUUGGGCUGAUAACUGGGAUGAGAUUUCAACUCAUAUGAGAGGCAUUCAUCCAUGCUUUGACCCUGACAAAGAUCUCGUGCUUCCUGCUUGGAAAGUUCCUGAUGCUAAUGUGUUGGCUUCAAAAUUCUGGGCUCGGCCUCGAGAAAAGCGGAAGACGCUGUUUUUCUUCAAUGGAAAUUUGGGACCAGCUUACCCUCAAGGAAGACCACAAGACUCGUAUAGUAUGGGUAUAAGACAGAAGUUGGCAAAGGAGUUUGGAUCAAGCCCCAACAAGGAUGGAAAACUAGGGAAACAACAUGCAGAAGAUGUCAUCGUGACUCCAGUACGUUCUGAUAACUAUCAUGCAGAUAUAGCAAGUUCUGUUUUCUGUGGAGUACUUCCUGGUGAUGGUUGGAGUGGACGCAUGGAAGACAGUGUUUUGCAAGGAUGCAUUCCUGUGGUCAUUCAGGAUGGGAUUUUCUUACCAUACGAAAAUGUACUCAACUAUGAUAGUUUUGCCGUUCGAGUACCAGAAGAAGAAAUUCCCAGCAUGAUAAAGAUUCUCCGGGGGUUCAAUCAAACAGAAAUCAAUUUGAAGUUAGCAAAUGUUCAGAAAAUCUGGCAAAGAUUCUUGUAUCGCGAUUCUAUAUUGCUUGAAGCUGAAAGGCAAAAAGCUGUGUUUGGACAUAUUGAUGAUUGGGCAGUUGAAUUCUUAAAAUUGACAGAGGAUGAUGUCACCACAACUUUAAUACAAGUUUUGCAUUACAAGUUACAUAAUGACCCUUGGAGGAAACAAGUUCGCCACAACAAGGACUUUGGAUUACCUAACCAGUGUGCGGUAAACAACUGA